AUGGAGUCCAUAAACAUUAAGCCACAACCUUUACAAAAUGAUUUUUAUCAUCACAACAAAACAACCAACACAACAACAGCAACAACAUCAACUCCAUCAAGCAAUGUUAAUAAACAAAGCUAUAAUAGUAGUAGUAAUAAUAGUAAUAAUGGUAUAGGUGGAACAAAAGACAACAUUAGCAGCAGCAGUGGUCCUUCCAAUGGCAAAAUGCACACACCAUUGGUCAACGUAAAUGCAAAUGUUGUCUUUCCAACCUUUAAAAAAAAUCCAACAGAAACACCACCAUUAAUGAGCCAAAAUGCCUCAGGUCGAGGCAUUAAUAACACUUCAUCUUCAUCUUCAUCUUUUCCGUCACCCCAAAAACCAAAUAAUAAUAAUAAUACCAAUAAUAAUAACAAUAAUAAUAAUAAUAAUAUUUCUUCUUCAUCAUCAUCAUCAUCUUCUAAUAAUAAUAAUUUGUAUAAAAAUAAUAAUAAUAACGGAUAUACCAAUGGCGUCCAAAAUUUUAAUAGCAAUAAUGGAUUUCAAAAAACAACGAAUAACAAUAAUGUACCAUGGUCAACUUCACCUCAAAUGAAACCUUCUUCAUAUACUCAACAAACACCACCACUUUCCUCAUCUUCAUCAUCAACACCAACAUCGUCAUCACUGUCAUCUUUACAAUCAACAUCAUCCUCAUCAACAUCAGCACAACAACAACCUAUGGGACAAUCAUCACAACCUGGGUUGCAAUCAGAAUAUCAACUACGAAAGAGCACAGGUGCUCUUCCUAGAGUAAACAAUAAUUUUCCAAAACCACCACCAAUUGCAACAAACAAUCAAAACUUUGUAAGAUCCAACAGUGAAACCUUUAAAUUUGUCCCUCCAAGCGCAUUUAAUAAUUCAAGAUCAUAUAAUAACAACAACAAUAACAACAAUAACCAUAAUAAUAGCGGAGGUUAUAAAAAUAACUAUAACAAUAAUAAUAAUAAUAACAACAACAGAUACCCACCACAACGUUCAAAUUCUUCACCAUUCAUUGAAUAUAAACAACAACCACCAAACUCUAAUAAUAACAACAACAAUAAUAAUAACUUAAAUAAUAGUACCAAUACCUUUGAGCAUAACCAUCAAUUAAAUAAUAGUAACAAUAAUAAUCCAACAACCUCUUUUAAAGGUACCGAUAAUAUGAGAUCAAAUAACUUGAAAAAUGAUCAUCCAAUAACAACAAAUGACCAAAUCAAAUCAUCAACCUCUCCAACAAGUUCACCAGCAUCCUCUGAAGGAUACAUACAUGAAACACAUGUGGUGGACAAAGAGAUGGACGCAUUAUUGGAGACAUUGCAUCUUUAUACCAACAAUGGCAACCACAACAACAACUCUCACGAUGAAAUUGAAUUGGUCAAGCCAGAUAUACUACUCUCCAAGGAUCAAUCUCUAUUCUCCUUGAAUGCAAAGGAAAUGGAGCAAGAGGAGGUACAUGAUAAAGAAGAAGAGGAUGAUGAAGAGGAACAAAUAUUAGAGUUUGGUUCCCUUACCACCUCUUCCUUUAUCGUAAAUGCUGAUAGUACUGUUAUUACUACGCCCUCAUCUUCUUCUUCUCUUUCAACCCCUACAUCUUCCACCUCCUCUCUUGGUAGUAUCUUUUCGAGUGGGACCCUAUCCUUUUCUACUUGGGCUCCCCCACCAGUGUCAACAUCGUCAUCGUCUGUCACUUCGUCAACAUCUCCCACCCCAUCUUCAAAACAAAGACCCAUUUCUCCACCAACCCUCUUUUAUCAACAACAACAGAUCAAAGAGAGAGAAGAGAAAUAUCACAACAGUAAUAUCAAUAACUUGAAUGUCAACAAUAACAAAGUUAAUUAUAACAGACAACAACAACAACAACAACAACAACAACAACAACAACAACAACAAUUUGCCCCACCACAACAACAACAUAGAGACAUGGGUGCAUUGGUACCUCCACCAGGUUUUGUUUCUCCAUUCUUGGAAAGUACCAAUAAUCAUCAUCAACAACAACAACAGCAACAGCAUCCAUACUCGUCACCAUCUUUGGUUAGUUCAAGAGGACUUGUUGACGAGUCUCACCAACAACAACAACAAGAUACUCAAGCCCAAGUGCAACCAAAUGACUUAUUCUUAAUGUUUAAGCAAAGAGUUAUAAUGGAGAACCAAAAUCAACAAUUACAACAACAACACACUGAACAACAACCACAACAACACCACCAGUUGCAUCACCAACAACUACUACAACAGCAACAACACAAUGAACAACAACAAUUGCUUCACCAACAACAAUUACAUCACCAACAACAAUUACAUCAUCAACAACAGCAAUUACAUCUACAACAACAACAACAAUUACAUAGACAACAACAACUUCAUCAACAACAACAAAACAUACCACCACAAUACAUGCACCAAUACCAACAUCAUCAACAACAACAACAACCACAACAACCAAUCUAUCCAACACAAUUCCAUCACCAUCCAAAUAUGCAACCUCAUUUCCCACAACCAAUGGGAUUGGAUAAAUGGUUUGGUCCUCAAAUCUAUGUGAAUCCACACUCUAUUCAUUCAGAGAUUGACAAUAAUCGUAUCUAA